CCUGGCCGCCCAGCCCAGGGCUGCAGCCGCUUCGGAGGAGGCGUGAAUCGCGCAGGAAUAUUGACUAAUUUGGGGUGGGGUGGGGGGAACGGUGGGCGAUGGAUCAGCCCGAGGACAUGGCGUCGCUCAGCGAGUUCGACUCCUUGGCGGGCAGCAUCCCGGCUACCAAGGUGGAGAUCACCGUGUCCUGCAGGAACCUCUUGGACAAAGACAUGUUUUCCAAGUCUGAUCCACUGUGUGUUAUGUACACUCAAGGGAUGGAGAACAAGCAAUGGCGAGAGUUUGGACGCACCGAGGUCAUUGACAACACGCUCAACCCGGACUUUGUGCGCAAGUUCAUCGUGGAUUACUUCUUUGAGGAGAAGCAGAACCUCCGUUUUGAUCUAUACGACGUUGACUCCAAGAGCCCGGAUUUAUCUAAACAUGACUUCCUGGGCCAGGCCUUCUGUACCCUAGGAGAGAUUGUAGGGUCCUCUGGGAGCCGUCUGGAGAAGCCUCUCACGAUAGGAACGUUCAGCCUCAACUCCCGGACAGGCAAACCUAUGCCAGCCGUGUCUAACGGUGGUGUCCCAGGGAAGAAAUGUGGCACCAUCAUCCUGUCUGCAGAGGAACUGAGCAAUUGCAGGGAUGUGGCCACAAUGCAAUUCUGUGCCAACAAGCUGGACAAGAAAGAUUUCUUCGGGAAAUCCGACCCCUUCUUGGUGUUCUACAGGAGCAAUGAAGACGGAACGUUCACCAUCUGUCACAAGACCGAGGUCAUGAAGAACACCCUCAACCCGGUGUGGCAGACCUUCUCCAUCCCCGUGAGGGCACUGUGCAAUGGAGACUAUGACAGGACCAUCAAGGUGGAGGUGUACGACUGGGAUCGUGAUGGCAGCCAUGAUUUCAUUGGAGAGUUCACCACCAGCUACCGGGAGCUGGCACGCGGCCAGAGUCAGUUCAACAUAUACGAGGUGAUAAAUCCGAAAAAGAAAAUGAAGAAAAAGAAAUACGUGAAUUCCGGCACGGUCACUUUGCUUUCUUUUGCGGUCGAGUCAGAGAGUACCUUCCUGGAUUACAUCAAAGGAGGGACACAGAUCAAUUUCACCGUGGCCAUCGACUUCACUGCCUCUAAUGGGAACCCCUCGCAGUCCACGUCCCUCCACUACAUGAGCCCCUACCAGCUGAACGCCUACGCGCUGGCGCUGACUGCCGUCGGGGAGAUCAUCCAGCAUUAUGACAGCGACAAGAUGUUCCCUGCCCUGGGCUUCGGGGCCAAGCUGCCCCCCGACGGCAGGGUGUCCCAUGAGUUCCCGCUGAAUGGCAACCAGGAGAACCCCUCCUGCUGUGGCAUCGAUGGCAUCCUGGAGGCCUACCACAGCAGCCUGCGCACUGUGCAGCUUUACGGCCCCACAAACUUCGCCCCUGUCGUCACCCACGUAGCCAGGAAUGCCGCAGCUGUGCAGGAUGGUUCCCAGUAUUCUGUGCUGCUGAUCAUCACUGAUGGUGUCAUUUCGGACAUGGCACAGACCAAGGAAGCCAUUGUCAAUGCCGCCAAACUCCCCAUGUCCAUCAUCAUCGUCGGCGUGGGUCAGGCCGAGUUCGAUGCCAUGGUGGAGCUGGACGGUGAUGACGUGCGGAUCUCCUCCAGGGGGAAGCUGGCCGAACGGGACAUCGUUCAGUUUGUGCCCUUCAGGGACUACGUGGACCGCACCGGCAACCACGUACUGAGCAUGGCCCGCCUGGCCCGGGAUGUGCUGGCUGAGAUCCCCGACCAACUGGUGUCCUACAUGAAGGCACAGGGCAUCCGCCCACGCCCACCACCGGCUGCGCCUGUUCAGUCACCCCCACAGUCCCCAGCCCACUCACCUCCUGGGUCCCCCGUUCACACGCAUAUCUGAAGCCGGCGGGACCAAGGGCCUGGAGGGUGGGCUGAGGCCCCACUCUCCUCAUGCUCGACUACCCAGACUCUACUCGGAGGGCCAGCGGGAAAUGGGGUAUCCAAGGCCUCACCCCGCUUCCUGGACUCAACUUCACAUCUAAAUCCAGGGACCUGAGGGUGGUAUAGAAGACAAGGGGUACACAAGAUUCUGGGACUGAGUGGACUCCCCUAGUCCAUGCUAGACAACCCCCAAGACUCCCCUAUUUUUGCAGCCCAGCUGGACCUCCUCCAGCUCCUGUCCCCUCCUGCCCUAGUGUCUAGUGUCCCCAGUCCCAUGAGACUCCCCCUGUCCUGUUUCCAGGGAACCCCAGGCUGGUGGGCUACCAGGGAUGCAUGUGACCCUCUUAGGGACACCAUAUAUGAGCAGAUAGAGUCCCCUUCCCGAUCCUCAAAGGCUCAGCGGUAUGCUAGAAGUGUUCUAGAAGGUUCACCCGAGCUAUCCCAGGUAACCUGUAGCAUUGAGAUAGCUCCUGCUCGCUGCCCUUCGGUGGUUAUGAGACAAGAGACGGGGGCGGCCCUGAGCGCCAACCCCUCCACACCCACGUCCAGCAUAGCCUCUGCUCCCUGGGCCUCAGUGUUCACACCUCUGUGAUGACAGGAUCGGUCAGGUGGUCCAGCGUUUCCUGAGCCAUCCCGAGGGUGCAUCCAUUUUCACACAGCCUCCCCACAACUUCCUCAUGACCACCGUCCACACCCAGGCCAUCUAGACUCCGGGGUCACCCUGUCACAUCCUGUCACCCCAUGCCCCAGCCCUUCAAAACUCCUGCCCCUGCAGUGAGAAAGUGGCAAAGGGCUUUUCAGCUAAGGUCACCCCAGUGACCACCAUCCUUUGUCCACUGGGGCAGGUCUUGCAUGUGUCCCUAAUGCCGCAUGGGGUCCCUGCCUGCCAUCUCCCAUCUGACCCACCUCUGUCAUGCAUGGUGAUGGUGAUGUGUUUACUGUCUGGUCCUGUGGCUGUCUGAGACCGUCUCUGUGGAACUUGCCUUAAACUGAAGUAAACCAGUUCUUUUAGUAAAACCCCUUCUCCUUGGAAAACAGCUCUGACCCUUGCCCAGCAUCUCUCUCUCUGCUGCCUCGGUUCUUCCCUUCGGCCACGCCCCUGUCAGGCUGUGUGUGAGGCAUGGGGGUGCAUGACGGGAAAUGAAACCCACCUCCCACAAACAUCAUAUGUGAGCAGAGCCUGUGGGGCGGCCAUCGGGGACUGUGACAGAGGCAUGCUUGCCUAGUCCUCAAAGGCUCAGUGGUAUGCUAGAAUGUUCUAGAUGCGGAUCUCUAGCCUCACUAGUGCUGUCACAAGUAGCUUGUGACAUUGAGAUGUCUCCUCCUCAACCCAGAGGUCAACUCACCUGCCGGGCUGGGUAUGUGGCCAGCACCUGGACUCCGCCAUGAGAGACAGCAAGCAUAGAGACACUAAGGUCUAGAGCCUUGGCUUCAGGCAGUGGUAAGAGUCAGGAGCAACAGGAGAGGACACCAAGAGAGAGGUGUUUUAGGCGAGCCCCAGAGAAAUGAGUAGAGAGCCAUGCAGAUGCCAGGGUGAAGAGGACUCUGGGAUGAGUAAGGGUAACGUGCCGGGUAGGAGCCUGGUAUGUUUGACUUUGCUGUGAUGGGAGCUAACCUAAGGAAGAGAAUGCAGGCGAUGGGGGUCAGGGCGGGGUGGGGGGUGGGGAUGGGGGUGCAGAAUGCACCGGGCCUUACGGCAAGGCCUCUGACAUCUGCUCUGGAGAGAAGUAGCCAUUGAGGAAGGGAGAGAGACAAGCACAUGACCCGAACCUCCCCAACGUGUGGAUCCGCUGUCACGGGUCGAUCACUGUUUCUCCAUCUCUCAACAAACGUCUCCUGAGAACCCGUUCCAGGCCUGCGCAGGGGUCAGAGGCCCUUGGCUCAGUCCCCGGUGUCUUCCUCUGGGCUAAAUCAGCCAUCACAAAGUAGCAGUGCCAGCCAGUUGGAAGGUCUGGGAGUGUGGUGCUAAAGGGUACUCUGGCCCAUCCCGGAUGAGCCCCCCCACCCCGGUGUGUGUGUGUGUGUGUGUGUGUGUGUGUGUGUGUGUGUGUGCGCGCUCGCGCACGUGUGGCCAGCAUAGUGUCAGUUAGGGUACAUGUGUUCAUUGAUGAUGAAAUUGUUAGCUUUGCGGGUGGAUCACACAGGACCUAUGUGACUUCAGGCCCAUAGUAGGCAUCUCCCUUGGUCCCUCUUCACAAGUUGGGGCCAUCACCAACUCGGAUCGUGGGGACAAGGACCACGAGCGAAUACACGCACACACAAACGCUGUCCAAUUGGCCCUCGAGGCAGCCCUUCUGAGGCUGUACCCAAGAGGAAUCCUGUACUAAUUAUCCUCCAGCUCGGGGCUUGUUUACUUCUGAUGACUUCACGGUAAAUUAGAGCUGACUCAC